AUGCCGUUCUUUAAACCGUUGCGUCGCCGCUCCAAGGCCAGCUUCCAAACAAGCAAGUCAGCCGAUUCCAAGUCCAACGAAUCCCAGUCCAAUGGCGAAAUAACAUCCGGGAAAUCGUCCUCGACCCUCGACACAGCUUCUUAUAGCUCCAUCACCCCGCCAUCUUCCAUCAAACCCACUCUCUCCUCGCCCAAUCUUCCCUCGUUGACGGAGAUCAACAGCAAUGUCAACGGCGUCAGCACCCCGCUUACGGUGCCUCCCCAGCGACCCAGUCUCGUUCCCCCCUCGCAGCGAAACAGCAUGAUCGCCGGUUCCUCGGUAUCCGUCCACAGCGGCUCACGAUCACCUUCGCCUUCUUCUCCAUACGCUCCCAGGAUUAUCUCCAUCUCGGAAAACUCGUGGGUACAUCAAAAAGCAUUACUCGUCUAUGGUCAGAUUGGGGAUCCAAGACAGCAUCCGCUGGACGGAACUGUCACGGUAUACCAUCAUCAGGAUGGCUUUCCCUCAAUCGGCUGGCCGGUCACCUCUUCUCAUUUCAAAGCCCUGGUGCAUCUAGUGCCAGGUCCCAAUCGAUUACGGUUCGACUUUGUCUCGACCAAGCUGUCAUCGGGCAGCGCGCAUCCCGCCAUCCAUUCCUCCUGGAUUAACAUCAACUACCUUCCCUUGGUCAAUGCUCCUCCCUUACACCUCGUGAUCUUGUUAGGCAAAGAUUCGGACGGGACUUUCGAUGCGGUCCCCGAGAGGCAGCAGCGCGAAGGAAAUAACCUUGAAACCGCCAUCCGGAAAUAUCGAAUGGCGGCCUAUCUGUGGCAGGCAUUCACCGGAGAGCAGAUGUUCCGCAAUAACUUAGGACGCCGAUGUUUCCGCUUCGAAGAGGAGUGGCAGACGGGCACCCUGAGUCGCCGCGAUGCCGCCACUGGCAUGAUGCGAAAUGAAGCCAAAGUUCACGUUGUCCGUACCGAAAAAACAGUCGCAGAACUCCGAGCUCUCGAUCUUGCUCAGCAGCAUGGGCCUGCCACCAAGAAAGACGAGCUGUUCAACAUUGCCAAGGAUGCGGUCAAGGACUACUUCCGUCUCCAGCCGGGGCAGAAGCAAUACGUUUCGGUGUUGCUUCUCGAUUCGCAUUGGGAUAAAGGCUCUCAAACUAUCACCGGCCACGCCGCGCUGGGAUCAAGUGGGGACAACAUCAAGAUGGCAAUCUUCGGCUCCCACUGCCUCCAGAGCUACCCAUCGUUCAUGGAAGAAGUGGUAGAUGCCUUCUCGGAUUGUACGCGGACCAACACCGAUUAUGUUGCCAACGAUUGCGGCGAGGCUGGAUCAAACUGGGAGGCCGCGAACAUCGGCAUCGGUGCACAUCUCCACGAAGUCGGGCAUCUCUUCGGAUGCCCCCAUCAGGAGUCGGGCAUCAUGCUCCGUGACUACGUCCGGCUCAAUCGGUCGUUCACCACUCGCGAACCCUUUUCCACACGAACCAAAACCCAGGGCCAGAAACUUUGUCUUCCUCAAGAUGAAUGCGGUUGGCAUCGACUGGAUGCCUUGCGAUUCCGAUUCCACCCGUGCUUCCGCCUGCCUGCAGAUGCCCCAGUGAGCUCGGACGAUAGUGUGCAGGUGUGGCCGGUUGAGAACGGAAAGAUCCUUUUCACCGCUUCCUCAGGCAUUGCCUUUAUCGAACUGUAUGCGGAGGGUGAGGAUGUGUGCCGCAAUUCCAUCGAGUAUCUCAACACCGAAUCGAGCAGCAAUGGACUUCCUAAGCAGGUCACUUUGACGGAGACCGAGCUACGGCAGCGCUUAUUUGGGAGCGAGAAAGAAAAGAAGAAGAACAUCCGACUGGCUGUCUAUUCGGGGGCUCUUGGCAGCUAUACCGUCGAUUCCAUCAGCUCCUUGAAGUCUAAAUUGUCCCUGGUGAAACUGCCCAAGGGUCAAUCUGGCUACAAAGGCGGGAAGCUCGGUUUGUCCCAGAUGGACGGUAGUCAGCCGGAGCAGCUCCUGCUGGACUGCGCCUUUGUAUCCACGAAACUCCUGACGUCCAUUAAGGUCUACCAUGGACUUGCGGUGGAUGGAUUGGAGUUUUGCUACGAGGACUCCACGAGUCAGCUGUUUGGCAAGCGAGGGGGCAAGCCCGGUGGUGAUGAGUUUGUGCUGGACACCCGACGAGGCGAGAUUCUGCUAGGUUUCUACGUCCGGGCUGGCGCCUGGAUCGAUGGAAUUGAGAUUCUGACCAGUCUUGGACGGAAAUCGGGAGUCUUUGGUAAUGCCCAGGGUGGCUCUGGGUACGUAUUGCCGGUGGACAUCCGUGACUCAUUAUAA